AUGCAGUAUCCUACCAUCGUUGUCGAACAAUAUGCCCGUGGCUCGCACGAGGUAGGACACGCUGCGCAUGAGGGCAACACUGUGACAGAGACAAGAGUGGAACCGCAGGGUGAUGUCGGCGCACAACAAACCCACUCGACCCAAGCCCCGCGAGUUCCCUCGAGCAAGCACCACUCUCGCAAGGGGCGAGACAGAGACCGCGAGCGACCAAGAAAACACCGUCACCGGCACUCCAUCGCAUCAUCGCGUCCGCUUCUUGCGGAUGCUCGCUCUGAGUUCAUAUUGGUCGCGGCUCGCAAGCUCGGGCGUUUACGUGCUGGUAUACUAUCUGGGUUCGUCAAGGAGCGAGCCAAGCUCGACCGCGAGGGCGAUCUCCUGACGACAAACACACACGUGGACCGCAACUCGAGGCAUGAGCCACCCUCUCCUUCCACCUCCCGACCUCGUCCCAACGCGCUAGGUGGAACGGCUGGCUCGGACCACCGCUCGGCCCUCGAAGGAGAGGCGGGCUCGUCAAGCCCGCCGGUACCACUUGCGGCCUCGCGUCAGCGUCAAGGUUCGGGUUCCAGGACCGCGCAGCGUCGCCUCGCGCCCUCUCCAUUCGUUCCAGGUGCUGGGGGUGCUGUCGCACGACCACCGAAUAUGCCGACACAUCUGCACCCCUCCGCUCAAGCCUACCCGGUCGCGGCACAAGGUCGACAUCCCCAGGCGAUGCCACAUCCCGGGUUCGUUUACUUCGCGCCGGGCCCGGGGCAGACCGGCACGAUGCCCUUCGUCGUCCCGGUACCCUGGACUGUCCCGGGUACGCCACCAGGUAACCGGCAGAUACAAGGGCAGGUGGCGCCUGCACUCGUCUCUCCGUCCAAACUCAAGACGCCCGCACGCGCUCAGGCCGCCGGGACCGCCGAGGGUUCGUCGACGCCUAUGGACUCCCUCGUCAGCGCUGCGCGGACCCUGAUCGAAGACGAAGACUACGACGGAGAUGAGGGCGAAGCGGGGGGCAGUGGAGCUGCUCCCGCGACCGAGACCGAGGCGACGGCGGAGGAGGACGCUGUGCCCGAAGAGACUCCCCUCAGGCGGCGAGGCACGCGUCGGCGCGCAGCUGCCGCCGCGCCCGACAGCCCCGCACCGAAGAGGCGACGUACGGCCGGGGUAGCUAGUCAUGAGCUCACCGCGCCUUCUGCCGCGGGUCCCAGCGCCAAGAAAGCUACUCGGAAAGCGAAGGCGGCGGCGGCUCCAUCCCAGGUGCAAGAGAAGCCCAAGUCGCGCGGUCGCGCGAAGGGCAAGGGGAAGCAAAAGGCCGUUACACCCCCGCCUGACCGCCUUUCUCCUUCUCCCGCGUCGACGUCUGCACCUCCGCCGGUCGCACCAGCACGCGCCCCGCACGCGCCCCAAGUUGCGCGAAUACCAAGUGCGUUGGACGUGCUCGCGGAUCAAGCCGCGCAAGAGCAGGGGCGAUGGCCGUCGCUCGACGCCGCGAGUCGGCGGGAUAGUGAGAGCGAAGGCAGGGAGGAGGACGUGGUUCCCGAGGCGGCGCGUACGCCGACGCCGCCAGCACCAGACCCCGUCGACGACGACGUUUUCGCUCCAGGGCCUCCAGAGGCGUCGCCAGGGGGCGAGCGCGAACCCGCCGUCGAACCCACCGUCGACACGCCCAAAAUGGACAUCGCUGUUCAAGACGCCGCGCCGGCUGCGCAGGAGGACGCCGACGUCAAGGAUGCGAAUGGCGGGGAAGCAGCAUCUGUCGAAGUAGUCGAUGUGCCCGAAGCAGCUGUCUCGCGAAUAUUCGACGAAGACCCCGCGCCCGCUCCGGACGCGACCCCGCAACGAUCCCCCACCCCUUCUUCCCCGCCAAUCGCGUCAGUCCCGCCACCGCCGUCUUCGCCCACACCACCUGAGCAUCCGCUCUUGUCCCCUCCGCGCCCCAGCUACUCUCCGCCGCCCGAGGCUCCUGUUCUGGAGCCCCAGGGCCCGCCUUCCUCACGCUUGAUUAGUGCCACUCCAGCGUUCGCAGAGGACCCUGCACUCAGCGUGGAGGCCCCCGUCGACGGUCUGGAAGCGCAUGUGUCAGACGUCCCGCCUCCGCCGCCUGGCUCCGGGGACGAGCCUGGCGGCGGCCCUGGUGUUCUCGAGAUCGAGAGCAGCGAUGAAGACGCUGAAGGGUCAAUAGUUGACUUUGAGAUAGAUUAA